AUGCCGCUAGGAAUCUCCGAAGCAAUCAUAAAUAUGGCCAAAAGACGGGUUCUUAUUAUAGCUGGCUCUGACAGUUCUGGCGGAGCUGGACUGGAGGCAGAUCAGAAAGUCAUUGUAGCUCAUGGAUGCUAUGCUAUGACUGCUACCACGGCUCUUACUGCCCAGAAUACUCUCGGUGUGGUUGAUAUACACUACACUCCGCCAGGAUUUGUCCGGAAAUUGAUUGAUACAUGCAUCAGCGAUAUCGGCGUAGAUGUUGUGAAAACUGGUAUGCUUGCUUCGGCUGAAACAAUCCAAGUUGUGGCUGAGGCACUUCGAGCGCAUCAUGUACCUGCCACUGUCAUUGACCCUGUAAUGGUUUCAACAAGCGGUCAUCAGUUGUUACCUGCUCACGCAGUCCGAGACCUCCGAGAGAAGCUGCUGCCGAUUGCAACAAUCAUUACACCUAAUGUUCCAGAGGCAAUGUUGCUACUUUCCGACAGUGGAAAACCUGCUGCUGUAGCCAAGAACGUAGAAGGCCUCAUAGAGAUCGCCAAAGCUGUGCAGUCCUUGGGGCCCAAGUAUGUCCUGGUGAAAGGAGGCCACCUGCCGUUCAGAAUGGAUGGCAAUGUGGCCGAGACAGUCAAAGAAAAGGAGCUAAUGGUCGACAUUCUCUAUGGUGAUGGUACAGUGACAAAGAUACAUACUCUGUAUCAGCCAUCAAAGAACACCCAUGGCACGGGAUGUUCGUUGGCUUCGGCAAUUGCAUCGAAUCUUGCAAACGGCCUCCCCAUGGUGCAGGCUGUGGAGAGGGCUUGUAGAUAUGUUGAAGCUGGCAUCAAGACGGCUACGGACCUUGGACGAGGAAAUGGGCCAAUCAACCAUUUUCAUUCGACUUAUACGCUUCCCUUCCCACCUGGUCGCUUCUUGGAAUACGUGCUUGAACGCAGAGAUGUUCAAACCCCCUGGAAAGAGCAUACUGAACAUGCUUUUGUAGCUGGACUUGCGGAUGGUACACUGCCGGUUGAGUCUUUCAAGUACUACUUGAUACAAGACUAUCUAUUUUUGGUACAGUUUGCCCGUGCGAACUCUUUAGCAGCCUACAAGGCGAAAACGAUCACAGACAUUGCAGCAGCUGCUAAGAUAGUCGGACAUAUUCAUCAUGAGAUGGAACUGCAUAUAAGCUACUGCCAAGAGUUUGGGGUAAGUAAGGAGGAGAUUGAAGCUUCAGAGGAAAGCCAUGCUUGUACCGCGUACACUAGAUACGUCCUUGAUAUUGGCCAAUCUCAAGAUUGGUUUGCACUUCAGGUAGCUUUGGCGCCAUGCUUGAUCGGAUAUGGAGAGAUUGCCAAACGUCUCCAUGCGGAUCCAGGAACAAAGCGGGAUGGCAACAUUUAUGGGAAAUGGAUUGAGAACUACGUUGCAGACGAUUAUGUGGAAGCAGUAAAAGUUGGAUCUGCAUUACUUGAAAGAAAUGCAGUACUCCAGUCGCCCCAUCGUAUCGAAGAGCUAGUCAAGAUAUUCAUCCACGCAACCAAGAUGGAGACUGGCUUCUGGGAUAUGGGAGCAGGCAAGAAAAAAGUUUGA